AUGGCGGAAUCCGAUCUCCCACGUCAAUCUCUACGAGAUUGGCUUGUUGACGUCGUUCGUACUUCAUAUCAAACCAACGCCUCAACAACCCCGGAACAUCAACAUGCCCGGGGUGAUGAAGAUACGAGACAGCCCCUGAUGAGUGCGCCAGAUGCCAGGACUCGUCUGCUAGAAUCUUAUGACCGUUCGGACCCGAUAUGCGGAAAGAGAACCUGCAACCACGGCACGUUCUCCCCUCGACCGGAAGAUCAAAGAGAGAUAUCGUGGGAUGCAAGCUCUAUGCCACCACCCAUCAAUGAUGGGAAUGGGCUUGCGGGAGAGUCUAGUCGCGCUCGGCCUGAGCUGGGCCCCAGAUCGGAAACUGUGCCGUCAUUGGAGUCUUCAGUUUCAACGUUGCCUUUGAAAAACCGCAGAACCCUGUACAUGUCAUACUACAUCCCGUUCUUCAAUUGGAUCACCCAAUAUCGGUUAUCAUUCAUUCGAGGCGACUUGAUUGCCGCCAUGACCGUCGCAUCGAUCUAUAUUCCCAUGGCAUUAUCCCUGUCCGAGAACCUAGCGCAUGCUCCCCCUGUCAAUGGUCUAUAUGCCUUUGUGUUCCAUCCAUUUAUAUACGCGAUACUGGGAAGCAGUCCUUUACUGGUAGUCGGGCCAGAAGCGGCUGGCUCCUUGCUUGUCGGUCAAAUCGUCAAAAACAGCGUUAGCCAAGGACACUCGGGGGAAGAUGACCCAAUUGCAAAUGCGAUGGUCGUGGGUGUGGCAACUGCCAUGGCGGGUGUCAUGAUAUUGGUUGCUGGCUUGACUCGUCUGGGGUUUCUGGAUAACGUGCUGAGUCGGCCCUUUCUGAGGGGUUUCAUUACCGCCAUUGGUUUCGUGAUUGUCGUGGACCAGCUUAUUCCGGAGGUUGGAUUAACGGGACUAUCCAAGGAAACCGGCGUGAGCCAUGGCACGACAGUGGAAAAGUUGGUGUUCUUUUUCAGAAACAUAGGGAAAUGCCAUGGCUUGACAAGUGCGGUAUCUCUUGGCAGCCUUGGCAUUAUCAUGAUGUUCCGAACGAUUAAAAAGGUGCUCGAAUCCCGAUUUCCCCAGGUCAUUUACUUUCCAGAUCGCUUGCUCGUGGUCAUCCUCUCAGCCGUCCUUACGUGGCAUUUCGGGUGGGACCAAAAAGGACUAGAUAUCUUGGGGGAAACCAAGAAUGACAGCGGUGGAAUAUUCGAUUUCGAAUGGCCAUUCAACUUUGGUGAUAUGAGGCGCGUUCGUGCAGCCUUGAGCACCUCGUUUAUCAUUGCAAUCCUUGGCUUUUUUGAGUCGUCUGUCGCGGCCAAGGGUCUCGGUGAGGGUACCACUGAUGGUGUCAAAGGCAUGACUGUCAGUGCCAACCGAGAAAUGGUAGCGUUGGGUGUUUCGAACGUUGUGGGAGGGUGUUUCAUGGCGCUUCCUGCGUUUGGGGGCUACGGGAGGAGUAAGGUCAAUGCUUCCACUGGAGCACGGUCUCCGAUGAGCAGUAUCUUCCUUAGUAUCAUCACGCUUAUCUCUAUCAUGGUGUUAUUGCCAUAUCUCUACUACCUCCCGAAAGGAGUCCUUUCCGCCAUGAUCUCCGUCGUUGCUUUCUCCCUCAUCGAAGAAUGUCCCCACGAUGUAGCUUUCUUUAUCCGCUUACGAGGCUGGUCAGAACUGACAUUAAUGCUUCUCAUUUUCGUCGCGACCAUGUUCUAUUCAUUGGAACUAGGAAUCGCUCUCGGAAUCGGCCUUUCCAUCUUAAUCUUGAUCCGCCACUCCACGCAACCCCGAAUUCAGAUUCUAGGCAAAGUUGCCGGUACACACGACCGCUUCGACAACGCCGAACUACACCCUGAGAAAGUCGAGCUGAUCGAAGGCGCCCUGAUCGUCAAAAUCCCCGAACCUCUCACUUUCGCUAACACCGGCGACCUGAAAAACCGUCUCCGCCGUCUGGAAUAUUACGGCUCGACCCACACACAUCCUUCUCUUCCUCGGAUGCGGCCUCCGGAGCAUAACAAGAACAUCAUUUUCGACGUGCAUGGAGUAACCAGCAUCGACGGCUCGGGAACACAAGUUCUAUUCGAAAUCGUGAAGUCGUAUGCGGAUGUCGGCACAAGGGUGUUCUUCUGUCGUCUCGCUAAUCGCGAAGUUUUCGGAAGGUUCGAGAGAAGCGGUAUUGUGGAGGAAUGUGGUGGCCUGUCGCAUUUCUUGCCUAGGGUCGAUGAUGCAUUGCGGUUGGCUGAGACUGAGGAGCGUAUUUUGGAUUCUUGA